CCGUUCUCACUCACCACUCAUCUUUCUGGCUUUCAAACACAUUUUCUCGAACAAGCGACCUACAUUACUUAGUUGAAUGAGCACUACAGUUACCCAGAGCAAGGUGGACGCCACUACCAAGAAGACAAAGGCCCCUGCGGCUACAGCUGGGGUUGAGAACCUCGGUCCUGCUUUUGACCCGUUUGCUCCCGUUAACGACUUGAACGACACUCCCUCUAUCGAAAAGGCCGUCGGCUCCAAAAAUGACAAGAUUCACAUCCGUCUCCAACAGCGUAACGGUCGAAAGACCCUUACCACUGUGCAGGGUAUCCCCAGCAAGUACAACCACUCCAAGAUUCUCAAAGCGAUGAAGAAGGAGUUUGCCUGCAACGGUACCGUUGUCAAGCCCGAAGUUGACUCUGGCGAGGAAGACUCUCCUGCCCCCGUCGCCAAAAACCACGGUGACGUUUUGCAGCUGCAAGGUGACCAGAGGGUCGCCGCCAAGCAGUUCCUCAUUGACUCGGGGAUCGUCGCUCAGAAGGAGGCCAAGGACCUUAUCGUUGUCCACGGUUACUAAGCCAGAGCCUUUUAGGGACGAAGCAACUUGAAUCCCCUGCAAGUGGGAAUUUUCAAUAUUUGUAUCUAUCCAAUGCUCGUUGCCUGUGUCUUAUGAAUUGAUCGUCAGAUAAGCGCUGCGAGAGGGUUAUAUGUAGUAUGAGUUGAUGGUGAUGACAUGUCCUAAUAGUAC